AUUGACGUACGACUUUCAAACCGCGAACGGCAAACCGCAGGUAGACGUUCGCGGUUUGAAGUUUGCAGUUUGUAAUAAAAAUUGCAUUUAGUUUGACGUUUAAAGUUUUCGCGCGAAACGAACAAAUUCAAAAUGGCGGGAGCUAGAAGGUAUGUAGAAGUCUUGUGAAAAUCGUCUUUUUUCCCGAUAAUUAGUUUUUAAUCUAUUUUAUUUCUAUAUUAACAAGUACCGAAUCUAUCUGUAGACGUAACUUUGACCAAAUUUUGAACUAUAUGAUGUACACUUCUGAUUCUGAUGAUAGUUCAAGCAGUGAUAGUGAUGAUGAUAUCGAUUUGCUAUUUUUUGAAACGUGUUUUGCUACAACACGAGAACUAGGAACUCGGAUUAAUCUACAAGACAUUUCCGAAGAUGACUGUGAGAAAAUGUUCAGGUGAUAUUUUUCUGCUUUGCGUAAUAACUAAUAUUUUGAAAAGUUGGAUUACAAUGUCAAGGACUUUCAAAUUUUUUACCCGUAGAUUUGAAAAGUACGAUAUACCUCGUCUGCGAGAUGCACUGAAAAUACCGGAUCGGUAUACCUGUUGUCAGGGGACCGUUGUAGGUGGAUUGGAAGCUCUCCUGAUAAUGUUACGCAGAUUGGCAUAUCCAAAUAGAUUGAGUGAUUUGACACCUAUAUUUGCAAGAACCGAAUAUGAACUAAGUCUAAUUUUUAACACGGUAUGAAGUUGUGUCUUAAUUUUCAGCCAUAAAAUGUUCCAAUUUUUAAUAAGUUGUGACUUCCUACUGUAUCUAUCGUUUUAGAUACUGGAUGACAUUUAUGAACGAUUUAACUAUCUGUUGACGUCAAUCGACUUAGUUUGGCUUGGCCCAGAUCUCUUUUCAAGAGUCAUACAUGCCAAAGGAGCCCCACUAGAUCAAUGUUGGGAGUUUAUUGAUGGGACUCCCAGGCCUAUUGCACGACCAAUACGUAACCAGAAAAUAAUGUAUAGUGGGCACAAAAGGAUUCAUUGUUUAAAAUUCCAGGUACGUUAUACUGUAAGAUGCCAAGUCAAACGUAUUGUCUGACAAAUUAAGGUCAAUAAAUGUAUCAAAUUUCCUAAGGCACGUGCAAAUAUAUACUUUUAAAAGGUAGUAGUUGGUGGCAUUGUACAAUCUCACUAAAAAGUAUACUGAAAUUUAAUAUUCUUUCCAUUUCAGUCCGUCCAGGCACCGAAUGGGCUAAUAGCAAACAUGUUUGGACCAAUCGAGGGCAGCCGACACGACGCAUUUAUGCUCGGAGUAAGUGGCCUACAGGAAAAAUUAAGACAGCUGACAAAGCCCGACGGGGAACCUUAUGUUAUUUAUGGUGACCCAGCGUAUGGGUUGUCGUAUAACAUAUUGGCACCAUACCGAGGCAACAAUUUGUCCGAUGCUCAGAAAGUAUUUAACCGAGAAAUGAGCCGUGUUAGAGUUAGUGUCGAGUGGGGUUUUGGAAAAAUCUCACAGAUCUUUGCCUACUUAGAUUUUAAAAAGAACCUAAAAGUCCUUUUGCAACCUAUUGGAAAAUACUACUUGAUCGGAGCACUUUUGACCAAUUGUCAUACUUGCUUAUAUGGUUCACUCACAAGCUCUUUUUUUUAA